CCCACCUCAAUCAGAUGCAGUUGACGUCCAGACAUCAACAUAAUAAAGUGCCUGUGACAAAUAAACAUAAACCACUGACAAUUGAAUAAUUCUGGAUAAAUGGCAUCAACCGAGGGAGAUGUGGUGGCUGUCACCGAGGAUAUUGAUAAAUUAUCAGUGUCCACCCAGGAAUUGUCAAUAAAACCCACCUCCAUCGUAGAAACCGUGGGUUUUCAGCCACAUCUCUCUGGAUUCGAGACUCGAGAGCUCUACAAAAUAGCCCUGAAUUUCUAUAAAGAGAAAGAGGGUAAGGCAGUGCAUUUGUCGUACGAGGACAAGCUUAAACUGGUGGCGUUUACCCAGCAGGCGACUCAUGGCAAAUGCACAGCAGAAAAUUCCCCGGAGUUGGGUGUGUUGGACGUAAUCGGUAAGGACAGACGAUUGGCAUGGCAGAACUUGGGGGAUAUAACGAGGGAGGAGGCGAUGGAGGGGUUCAUUAUUUUGCUGGACAAACUGUGUCCCCUGUUUCGAACGGUAGUCGAGGCUCAGAAGCGAAACAUCGAGGAGCAGGAGCGUAGGAAAAACGAGGAGAAAUUGAAAAGGAUCGAGGAGGAGAAGAGGGAGAGAGAGAUCCAGGAGGAGAGAAAACGGGAGGAGGAGGAGCAGCAGAAGAGGGAGCACCAGAGGAGACAGAUACAGGAGGCACUCAAUCAGCAGACUUAUCAUCAGUUCAAAGCUUAUGCUGAACAGCAGUACCCGGGUAAUCCAGAGCAACAGGGAGUGCUCAUAAGACAACUGCAGGAGCAGCAUUAUCACAGGUAUAUGCAGCAGCUUCAUCAGAAUCGUCUGAUGAUUGAAGAGAGUGCUGAGAGUGAGAAGAAGGAGAUCGAUGAGACUGAUGAGGAGGAGAAGAAGUCUGAGGGGAGGGAUGAGGUGGGAAAUGAGGUGGUGAAGGAGGGAAAGGAGGGAAAGGGGGAGAAGGAGAGCAAUGCCAAUAAUGGGAAUAAUGAGGAGGAGGAGGAAGACUCGGAUGGGGAGCCUGAUUGGCCACCCAUUGAGACACCCAAAAUGUGGACUAGGCCGGGUGUUGAUGAGUUCAAGGAUACCAUUAAGAGGGAAGCUGGAGAUGCUGUCAUCAGGGUGGGACAUGGGGAGACUGUCACUGUGAGGGUGCCUACCCAUGAAGAUGGGGCAUUCCUCUUCUGGGAAUUUGCCACUGAUGGAUAUGAUAUUGGCUUUGGUGUCUACUUCGAGUGGUCCAAACCUGAAACCAAUCAGGUAUCUGUGCAUAUUAGUGAGUCUGAGGAUGAUGAUGAUGAGGAUGACUAUGCUGGUGAGGAUCUUGAGACUGGUGUCAAUGGGGAAAGCAAUCCGGAGGAGAAGCCUAGUUCACCGCAGAUCAGUGUUAUUGUACCUGUGUUCCGACGAGACUCCCAAGAAGAAGUUUACGCAGGUAGCCAUCAAUAUCCAGGUGAAGGUGUUUACCUACUGAAAUUCGAUAAUUCAUACUCUCUAUGGCGGAGUAAAACUCUUUACUACCGAGUUUACUACACACGACCUGGUUUCACGGAUAAUCCGUCUUAACCCAUUGACUGAAGUGUCUGUCGACAUAAACCCCUGGCCAGAGACCAUGUUCACAGGUUUUUCCCUAGUCCGGCUUUCAAGGAGUCCCAAAAGAGCGAAAAAAAAACAAAAAAAAUAUAUAUGAGACACAAUAACGUGAGAAAUAGUUUAUUUAUUACAAAACAACACUUAGAUAGGAUUUUCAUUGGAUUUUAUUUGAAGGAAGAAACUGCGAUUUAGCACAACUUAUUUUCAAUGUUUUUCACUGAAUUCGGUGUACGAUCUCAUCGAUAAUGUAUGUUUAGUAUCUGUCUGUUAGAGUACGGAGCAAAAAUAUUAAUAAAAAAUAAUAAUGUUGACUGUAAACACCAAGUGGCACCUGACCUCCACGUCAGUGGUAAAGUGAUAAAAUAUUUAAAUCGUGACAAUGGAAAAAUGUCUGCAGAUAUGUGUCUAUUUCGUUGUUGCGUUGACACACCUAGUUUUUCCACUUUCCUACUGAAUCUUCUCCGUACAUCCUGUGGUGUUAUUUUAGGUUUUUCUAUAAAAUUAUUUCAUAUGUUUUCAGUGUCAAAGAUCGAGCUCGAUCCUAAAAGCCAAUUAAAUUUCGAAAUGAAUAAAAUCUGUGUGCCUGAAUAAAA